AAAAUCCUUCUUGCAUUUUCGAGUUAGGUCACUCAGGUGGCGCACUUGUUCGGGUAGCGAGUGUGCUACGCACGCACACAAACGGAAGAAACAAGCUCUUAGGAUUUGUGCUCGCCCAUCCUCGAGUGACUUUCGAGUCUCUUCGCCAUAAUGCUCAACUAUGGUGAGGGUCCCGCGCCGGUUGCAUCGACAGUGGUCAACCGGCGAAGAGCUGGUGGAGACCAGCGCUUCAAUUGUUCACAACAAUCUGUACUCAGCGCAAUUGAUAGAUUUGUGAGAGCUGUCAAUAAUAUGGACGCGACGGUUCUGGUUCCAUCUCGCCUUCGAGACAUGGAGGUCCAGAACCGUCGCAAAAGUUGUCCACCACCACCACCUGGUCUCCAGCAUCAUCAAGACCUCUUUAGUUUUUAUUCUAUGUUGAAGGAUGUCAAAAACGAGCUACUAUGGGGACCUUCAUCAAUGGGUGCGACACUCUUCCCUGUUGUUAGUUCCUUCAGUGGUAUGUCCAGCCCUCGGAGACCCCCCAUGGGUAUGAUGAUGACCACUGGAAUGACCACACCGCGGCAACCAUCUGAUGAUGGAUUGGGCAGUAGCACAGGUUGCUCAUCGGACCAAGACACAGACAGUGACUUCGAGAGCAUCAUGACAGACCGCGAAAGCAUGAUCAUGGAACAGACUUCACAUCUUGCGACUGCUUUCCGUCAUCAUCUUCAUGGACUUCAUGCUAUUUUGCAUCAGUUAGCAGAUUCUGCGGAUUACUUGUCCAGUCGGUAUCAAGAAGAAAUUGAGUCUCCUAUAGCGUAGCUGCCGAUGGUUAAUUUGUGAAGGACCUCUUAAUUAUGGAUAGAUAAGUGCUUCAUGUCAGGCGAAAGACAUCUCAUCGCAGUGUUAUGGUGUUCCUUGCUCAAUUGCUGCUACGAAUAUAUCCCCUACAAUAACACACAUUAACUUCAAAAUUCAGGAAAAUGUGUUGUACGAGAUCAUUCAAGGAGUACUUACCAUAUCCUGCAUUCAGGAUUUUGAAUUCGAAUAACAUCGCGGAAUUUAAACUCUUAACAAUUAGAAAUAAUAUCAUUAUCUAUUGAGCAAUUCAGAAGAAACAUCCAUUUAAUUAUACUUCUCGUGAAUCUGAUAUCACAAUAAAAUGCAUAUAUUGUGAACAAUUAAUUCAUGAUGAAAACAAAGUGCUUUAAUGAUAAGUGAAUUUAGUGCCAGUACACCAAGAGUCUUCUGCCAGGAAAUGUGUACAAAGAUAACUUGGUUAAGUGCUACAUCAUGUGGUAUUAAGUCAUUUUUAUAGUGGUGUUUAAAAGUUUUGCCCUUGAAAUUUAAACACAUUUUUGUGACUCGGUUUAUGGAUUCAGGCUAUUGCAUCAAUAAUGGUUUUAAGAUUUACUUUAUAUGAUAUUUUAAAAUGUUUCCUAUUUAAAAAUUAUCAGGGAAAAGCAAUGUUAAUAUUAUGGUUUGAGUUUUAAUGUCAUAUUUAUGAAUAUAGUUAAAAUGCUCAUUAUUUUAAAACAUAGUUUAAAGCAGACUUUUGAAAUAUUUACAUUUUUAGUAACUUAUAUUUAAUUACUCUUUUCACAAACGUUGGAAAAACUUGAUAUGUAAUAAAUUAUGUUUUGUUUGUAAACAAACAUUUAUUCAAAAUUAUAAUUUUUUAUGUGGCUCUGAAGUGUUUAAUAUGCUGCUAGUACUGAUGAAAGUGCAAUAUUGAAGCAAGUUAUAUUUUGCAUUCUUACAAAAAAAUACUGUUUUCUUUUUUUAAUAAAUAGAAGUUGGUUUAGCAAUUAAUAAUUUUUAUGAAAAUUAAAGAACUCAAAAUCAAAUUAUUUAAAAAUGAUUUAAGUCUAUGAAUACCUGAAAUUUCGAAACUUCUUUCAGAGUUUUAUGCGUUACGAAACUAAAUUUAUUGCUGUUCUGAACUUUAAUGUAUCUAAGCUGAGUUGAAUAAUAAUCAUGUAGAACUAAAUUAUCUAAUCAUAAACUUAAAUGAAAUUGUACCUGAAUUAUAUUUAGAAGCAAGUUGUGAAAAUUAAAGAAAUUAAAUUUUUUUCCAAAAGUAAAAUUAUAAAAUAACACCGGAUAUGUUUAAAAAUUUGAAAUUUAAUUUAUGCAUGGUUAAAUUUAGGAUUUCGGAAAUUUAAUGUCAUUUGAAUGUAAAUUCUAUCAUCAACGACAAAUAAUAUUUAAUUUGAAGAAUAAAUAAUAUCUAGAACAUAAUUAUAAAAUUUCUUUCAACUUUCACGGUGUACUGGCAUUGUAUUGUUAUCCCAAAAUAUACACAUAUCCUUUAUUUUUAAGGAAAAUGUUGAAAUUGUUGAAAAUAUGUAUGAAAAUUUCGUAUUUAUCACAGCAUGAAAUAUAACAGUUUUUAUGAACGAAAUACCAAAAUAAGAGGUCAAUGUACAAGAACUACUUUUUCAGACGAUUUGUCUUCAUAAAACUAGUCUCAGUUAUAAGCCAAACGUGAGUGAUUAAGAAUGUGUGAAAUGUGAGUGAACUUUAUACAUAAUACUCGUCUUUGGAAACAUUUACGCUUUUCUAUUCCUUUAUUUUAACUUGUACGCAUCUCAGUGUAUUUUACUUCAUACUUUCUGAUGUCGCAUGCGAUGUGAAUUAGGAAAUGAAGCGAAAUCAGUUUGAAAAUUGUGUAGAAGGAUAACGGAGGAUUCUUUUAUGAUACUGACAGAACAAUUAUUUGGAAACAUCAUGUGCUUAUUGAAAGUUUCGCCUGAUCAAAGGAAUUGGAUAUUAUGUGCUAGAAAAUUUGAUAAUGCUGUGGAGACCUUCAAAUUUUCCAAAUGAAGAGAAAAAACUUUACCUGAGCAAAGUAGCACAUACUGUCACAUCCUGUUUAUAGUGUUUGAAAGAGGGCUGUUGGCUCCAAGCAUCAUUCCUAGCUUUCAAAGGAGCGCCACCAAACGGAGAAUGUUGUAGAAAGAAGUGGAAAAGUCGCAUGCUAGUUUUUCAACACGCUACCGUGUAGGCCACGGAUGCUUCAAUCAUGUUUGGGCCAGAUAUUCUGCAACCGGAAGAAUUAGAUUAGCAUUCAUAGACACUCGACGGAUUGUGUCUCUUCAGGAAAAUUCUUUCUUUUAAAGCAAUUUUUAAUGAAAAAUGAUAUUUAUGAUACGGGUUUCUUCCGACUCCGACUUCCUAUGGUUUUACUCUUCCUUGUUUUGUUCCCUUUCUGCGAUUCUCUGCUACUUGUUAAUUCCCGUUUGUGUUGUACGCUUCCGCUGCCUGCUUUGCUCCAGUGUAUUAAAUCAGAAAAGCUGAUCGAUUGCAUACCAGUUGUUACAAAUUUUUCUCUUAUGAAUCAUUGAAUUACCUUAUGUUUGUUUACGCUGUUGUACAUAAGAGUCUCCUUAGAGCUCCACAAACUUCACUCAAGCGUGAUCAAAAUGAAGAGAGAAGUUUAUUAUAAUGCCACAGAAAUGGAUUCAAACUUUAGUAUAAUUAAUCUUACGUAUAUAGAGCUCACUCGUUACUCCGCGAGGGAUAAGUACUAAAUUAAAUCCUCUCUGUACUGAAAGUUUAUGGUCUUAAAAAAUACAUUGCUUGCAGAGAAUACAGAAAUUGUAUUAGUUAAACAUUUAAAAGUGAAUAUCAUUUUAUCAAAGCCAUUUUUAUGAGCUUAUUAGUCCAAAGGGAUUUGAAUCCCGAAGGACUAUUAGUUUCGUUUUGGCAUUUUGCGUCGGACUCAUAAAUGUCGGUUCACUUUUCAAACUGUUGCCACAAAAUGUUAGAGUCCUGCAUUAUAU